CCCCACCCCAAACUUCAGACGAUCCGGAACUGCUUCAGGAUUUAGGAUCUGAUUCAGGAUUUCCAUCAGCUCAGUACAGCACAAAGUGAACAAUGAAGGUCUACAUCAUCCUCCUGUUGUUGGCUCCAGUGUUGACUUUGGGACAGACGUCCUUCCUACCACGGGACUGCAGUGACAUCCACAACAAGAACAAAGCCAAACCCAGUGGAGUGUAUGUCAUCUAUCCCAUUGGAGCCACAUCUCGUGUGGAGGUGUACUGUGACAUGGAUUCACAGGGGGGCCGCUGGACGGUGUUCCAGAAGAGGGUGGACGGCACGGUGAACUUCUACCAGCCCUGGAGUCUCUAUAAAUUGGGCUUCGGCAGCGCCGCUGUAGAGUACUGGCUCGGUCUCGACAACAUCCACCACCUGACGAACCAGCGAAAGUCUGAGCUUCUGGUGCUGAUGGAGGAUUUCUCUGGAAAAAAAGUCUACGCUCGUUACAAAUUGUUCUCAGUGGAUACAGAAUAUUCUGGCUACAAACUGCACGUGUCAGGAUUCAUUAAGGGAGGUGCAGGAGAUUCCCUGGCUCAUCAUAAUGGAUGUAAAUUCUCCACAUUUGACAAAGACCAAGACAUCUGGUCAAAAAGUUGUGCUAAAGUGUUCUAUGGAGGAUUCUGGUACGGUAGCUGUCACUAUGCUAACCCUAAUGGGGUUUACCGCUGGGGUAGCGAUAAAUCAGUGUACGCAACUGGAGUGGUGUGGGCGACUUGGAAGGGUUAUUACUAUUCCCUGAAAUCCAUCCACAUGCAAAUCCGUCCUGUUUCUUAGAUUUGUUCACCUUUGCAGCAGUAAC